AUGAAGUUCUUACAAUCCGUUUCUUUAUUAGCUUUAGCUUCUCAAUCAUUAGCUGCCUUAUCACAGAUACAGUUAUUUGCCAAAUCUGAAAACAAGGAAAUCGACGGUAAAGGUUUAUAUUAUACUCAUGAAGGUGCUGGUAUCAACUACUUUUUCAUUUCAACUGAAGAAUCCUCACCUCAACUCACUUAUGAUGAUGUAAGUAAGGAAAUAUACAGGCAGAUUAGUCCGCAAAUUAGAUUUCAGUUUUCAAAGGAAAGUGAUAUUGUACAGUUGAGUGUCUUUUCCCCAGAAACUGUAGAAAUCAAAGAGGAUGGACUCUUGACAUUCACCGGAAGUGAUACUUUGUAUGCCGCAAAGAAUAUCAAUGACCCAUAUAGGUAUUCGGAAAAUGCAUAUGCUGUUGUUGUUGGUGACUCCUUUGGUGGUGUACCACUUGAAAUUGUUGCUAAAAAAGUUUAG